AUGCGUUCGCGUCCGCUGGUACUUGCUCGACGCCGACUGCUGUGUCGGUCUAACCACCACCUCGCGAACCCGAAGCCGGUGACCAUCGGCAUCAGACGAGAGGAUUCCGAGAGAAUAUGGGAGAGAAGGUGUCCGCUCACGCCGGAUGCGGUUCAUGAGCUUGUCAAGGACGGGGUCAAUGUGCUCGUUCAAGACUGCUCGCGCAGGGUGUACAGGAGCGAUGAGUUCGUCAAGGCCGGUGCACAAAUUCAUCCCAACCUCUCCCCCGCGCAUAUCAUCCUGGGUAUCAAAGAGACCCCGCUCGCCGAGCUCCUCACAACACCAGUUGACGGCAUUCCACGCACCCACCUCAUGUUCUCGCAUACUAUCAAGGGGCAGCUAUAUAACAUGCCUCUCCUCGACCGGUUCCUGGAAGCAAGGCCUGGCAGUGGCGAGCGGAAGGAGCUAUUGCCACGUCUGAUCGACUGGGAGCUCUUGACCGACGAGAAAGGGAAGAGAACAGUUGGGUUUGGGUGGUUUGCUGGAGUGGCUGGCGUCUUGGAGUCACUCUCCAUGCUUGCCCAGUUUCACCUCGAGCUCGGAAUUGCAUCACCAUUCCUCUAUACACCUCGGCCACACAUGCACCCCGACCUACCAUCCAUCCGUGCCUCGCUCAGUCGAGUGGGGGAAAUGAUCAAGGAGGGCGGGACGCCCAGGGAGGUGGGCCCCAUUAUCAUUGGAGUGACCGGGACUGGGAAAGUAGCUCAGGGGAUGCUGGAUAUACUAUCCGACCUCCCCAUUGAGAAAGUGAACGUGGAGGAUUUACCAAGAUUGGUUGGGAGUCCUGAGGCCAACCUACACAAGAUAUACCUCGUACAUGCUCUCCCGCAUGAAUACUUCAGCGGCGUCGACGGACGACCGUAUAACCGCGAGGACUACUAUGCGAAUCCACACCUCUAUAAAUCAAACUUCCACGUGAAGGUCCAACCAUACCUAACGCUCCUGCUCCACGGCGCUGGCUGGGCGCAGGGCUUCCCGCGCGUGAUGACCAAUGAGGGUCUUGCGACGUCGUUGGAGAUCGCGCGCGGGCUGUGGGGUGGUGAGAAGGGACGGGGGAGAUGCGUCGGGGAUGUGAGCUGUGACGUCGAGGGCGGUCUGGAAUUCCUGCCGAGACACUCGACGCUCUCCGCGCCGUUCUUCUGCACCCGACCGGGGAGUCUCCCUGCCCACCUGCCGGAGGUGCGAAUGAUGGCGGUGGAUAUACUGCCGUCAUCACUCCCGUUGGACGCAAGCCGGCAUUUCUCUCAAGGCAUUAUGUCAUACCUCCGCACACUCAUUCGUGGGUAUCGUGGAGAGGGAGGCGUUGAUGCAGAGCUUGAGAGGGCGUUGGAUCGCGCGACGGUGACGAGGGGCGGGGAGUUGCAAGGGAGCAAUACGUGGCUGAAGGAGCCGCUGGGUGUCUGGAAGGAUAGUUUGUCAGCGACCCCUUCGUCGUCCAACAUGGGGAGUACAGCCGGUACCCCUCAGCUGAAGCCGUCGCCGAAGAAGCGAGUCUUGUUGCUCGGAAGCGGGAUGGUGGCAGGUCCUGUUGUCGAGCAUAUCGGGAAGCGGGGCGAGGUUGAGUUAGUGGUUGCUAGUAAUAUCCUCGCGGAGGCACAGAAUCUUGCCAAGCGUUUUGGGAACGCGAAGCCGGUAUCAUUGGAUGUUGCUGACCUAGGGAAACUGGGCAGUUUGAUAGAGGAGACUGAUGUCGUAAUCAGUUUACUACCCGUCACCUUCCACCCUACCAUCGCAGAGCAGUGCAUCAAGCACAAGAAGCACAUGGUAACCGCGUCCUACAUCUCCCCUGCAAUGAAACAGCUACACGACAGCGCGCUUUCCUCCGAUACUCUCAUCUUAAACGAGAUCGGGUUGGAUCCAGGUAUCGACCACUGCUCGGCAUUCUCGCUGCUGGGGGCUAUCCGCUCCCAGGGCAAGCAGGUUCGGUCGUUCGUGUCUUUCUGCGGCGGGCUACCUGCGCCGGAGUGCGCGGAGGACGGUCCGUUGGGAUACAAAUUCAGCUGGAGCCCGCUAGGGGUGUUGAGAGCUGCGAAGGCGUCCGCGCGGUUCAAACUGAAUAACAGGCAUUACGAGAUUGACGAACCGAACUUGCUGAGGCACCAUUUCGACCGGGUCCCCAUUUCGAACGUGCUGCAAUUGGAGGGCAUUGCUAAUCGCGACAGUAUUCCAUACGCUGACACGUAUGGCCUCGGGAAGACUGAGGAUUUACGUAGCAUUCUCCGGGGCACACUACGAUAUCCCGGAUUCUGCGAUUUGAUGCAGUCGUUCAAGGAAAUUGGGCUGCUGGAAUUCGAGCCCAAGCUCCGGCUUGAUUCUUGGAGUUCCCUCGUCAGGAGUGCAUUCGAGAGCCGAUACAACGAUCGCGUCAAGGGCGAUGACGCAUCGCUCAUUUCGGCGCUAUCGAACGUGCUGUCUACUGGUUCCGUCGAGCGAGCCUUGGAAGCACUCAGCUGGUUCGGCGUCAUUCCAGGCGUCACCUCCCCAGUAGUUGGCAUGCCGCUCCUACCCCAGCGCGAGAUGGCGCCCAUCGAGCUCUUCGCCACCGUCCUCGCACACAAACAGGCGUACCGGCCCGGCGAGCGGGACAUGGUCAUCCUGCACCACGAGAUCGUCGCGUCGGCGUCCACACCGGCGUCUCCUGAGGAUAUCCACACAUCGACGCUAAUGGCAUAUGGGACGCCGGUGCAUUCGGCGAUGGCGCUAACGGUUGGGCUACCCGUGGCCUUUGCUGCGCUGAGAGUGUUGGAUGGGAAGGUCGCGAUGAGGGGCGUGCGGGGUCCCGAGGAGGAGGGGCUCUGGAGGGACGUGCUGCAGGGGAUGGAGGAGGCGGGGUUGGGGAUGAGGGAGAGCGUGAGGGCCGGUGGGUCGGGUCGCGCGAUGGGAAUGGAGGGCGUCUUGGAUGCUGGUCUGAGGAGGUCCAUGGGAGCAGCUUGAUUUGUACUAUACUGUCUAUACAAGAUUUCAGACGCUUCGCAUUUGGCAUACAUGCAUCUUUCCGUAGGCUAAUGAUAGUUAUCACCAAAGGCUUGCAGUCUACCUGAGGUGGUGCAUGGCCGAGCUGUAGCAUGGGUGUUUAUGCAUCUCAGGGCCAUUCCGCAUUGGUACAUAACCACUGCCAUGGUUAUAUGGGAGUAGAUGAUCUCCGCGCACCUUUUAGUGCUCC